AUGGAAGUUACCUGGAUCACGAAGAACUAUGGUGACGAUCUGUACCUACAAUGCACGUACACUUGCAUCCGAGUCUUCGAUGAAAGACUUGCUCAUGCAAGCAAGAAGGAUAAGGUACGGUCUGGCCGAGACGAGAGGACGUCAAUGUCGUCUGUGAUACCGGAGAAGAACUGUUCCUCAGAACAUGCGACAGUAGAAGAGUCAGCGGUGUCGGUGCUCUCGUCAACAUGA